AUGGCCUCAAGAUACGUGCACUUACUUCCAGUCAACGGUAGAUGGAAGCAGCAAAUCACUGAUUUUCUCAGCGAAGAUGUUCCAUCUUUUGAUUAUGGAGCUUUUGUUGUUGGAGACAAAGAAGAAACUGCUUCACUUUAUAUGAAACAAAGUGGAUUAAUUUGUGGGGUUCCCUUUGCAGCUGAAGUUUUCCAGCAGUGUGAAUUGGCUGUUGAAUGGCACUUCAAAGAAGGAGACUAUAUUGGAACUGAAGAAUUAAGUAAGAACGGAGGGAAGUUAGUAGUUGCUACAGUCAAAGGUACUGCUAAUAAAAUUCUUUUAGCAGAAAGAACUGCGUUAAACUUGUUAUCAAGAUCAUCAGGUAUUGCAACUCAAUCAUAUAUAACCAAGAAAUUGGCCGAUGAAAAUGGGUAUAAUGGACUUAUUGCCGGUACUAGAAAAACCACCCCUGGUUUAAGACAAAUUGAAAAAUAUUCAAUGUUAGUUGGUGGAGUUGAUCCCCAUAGAUAUGAUUUGAGCUCAAUGGUGAUGUUGAAGGAUAAUCAUAUUGCAUCCACUGGUAGUAUAACCUCAGCAGUUAAAAGUGCUAGAUCAGUAUGCGGAUUUGCAGUUAAAGUAGAAGUUGAAGUUAGUACUGAAGAAGACGCAAGAGAAGCAAUUGAUGCCGGUGCUGAUGUUAUUAUGUUAGAUAACUUUAAAGGAGAUGAAUUACAAAAAGUAGCUCAGAGUUUAAAGAAGUAUUAUCAAGGACAAAACAAAUCAUUUUUAUUAGAAUGUUCCGGAGGUCUUACAUUACAAAAUUUGGGAAGUUAUUUAUGUAAUGAUAUUGACAUUUACUCAACAUCAUCAAUUCACCAAGGAUGUAAUAUUAUUGAUUUUUCAUUAAAGAUCAAUGCUUAA